AUGGAUAAGCUAACCGAUGGUAGUUUCGAAGCGAUAUUCGAAGAUGUUCAACGACUAAGAUCGAUUGUUCAAAGGUCUGCUUCAUCCGAUCAACAAAUACAAGAUCGUUUCAAGCAAUUAAUAAUUACAAAAAAUGUAAAUGAUAAAUCAUUGAAUGUAUUCUCUGAUUCCGUACAGAAAUGGUUGGAAUCUGCACUGAAAGAGAAGUUACCGUUGAAAGAGGGUAUGUCGACGCUGAUCAGUUGUUAUCGAAUGGUAUUGGAGACUGUCAACAGCAGAGAGUCAGCGAUGGCUCGUGGCAAUCCACUGCAUUUCAAAAAGUGGUUACAGUUGAUCACCCUAGUAGCAGAGUACAAACAGAGUCAGUUGGCAAUCGAAUUGGCCGAUCAAUUCGCAGUGAUUCUCAGUGAGUGUCGCGAACUCUAUCCCAACGCCAAAGAUCCACAAUUCUAUCAGAAACUAUUCCUACAUCUAAAUUAUAUUAAAAUGCAACUCUACGAUGAAUUAUUAAUGACUUUUUCAACCAAAAAAAUAAGUGAAAUAUUAUCAAAUUGGUUGGAAAUAACAUCGACUUUAGUAACAACAAUAACAACAACAACAGAAAACAAACCAAAUUUCAAUGAUUCUCUAUUUCCAAAAUAUUAUAAUAGAUUAUUAUCAUUUGAUUCAAAUAUUAUUUCUGGAAAUGUAGAUGUCUAUAUACAAUUUAUUUAUUUUACAUUUACGAUAUUAAGUAAAUCUAAACAAUCGAUGUUUUUAAAUAACAAACUUUAUCUAUUUUAUAGAAGAGCAUAUAAACUUGCAUCAGUUAUGGAAUGUUUAUUAUCAAUAACGACAGAGAAUAGUGAAUCAAUCAGCGCAUUACCAUUCGAUAUCUAUAAUUUAAUAUGGAUGCAUAUUCAUUCAAAUUUCUUUAUUACAAAUAGUAUAAAUAAUAAUGAAACAUAUCAAAACAAUGCAAUAGAGAUUAUUGACAAGUCUAAUCACUUAGUCAAACAUAUGAAGUCACAACCACAAUCAAAGAUAUUCACUCUCGAUAUUCUACUACUCCAAAUUACAAAUCAUCUUGGUAAAUUGAGAGUUUACUUUUCACAAUUGUUGAAACAUUCAACAACAACAAUCAAUUCAAAUUUAAAAUCAAUUGAACAAUCAAUUAUAAAUAUAUUGGUUGAAUUGGAAUCUAUUGUAAAUACAACAACAACAACAGCAACAAAAUCAAAAGAUAGCGAUAAAUUAGCAUUUCAAAUCGAUCAAAUCAAUACUAUAGAAUCGAAAGUGGAUACUCUCAGAUCGUUUAGAAUGAGUGUUGAUUGCUACAACCAUAUCGUUGCAUCACUCUGUCAGCUCAAAGAUAAUAAUCUAUUUGAAUCGAUUGCAACCAAACUCUCUGUUAUAUAUCAACUUCCAAUACUUCAAAUCCAAUGGCUUAGAACACUAGAACAAUUCGAUCCAAUAAUUACAAAGAAAUAUUUAAUUGAUAUGGCACAGUUUCAUGUUAGAGUAUUGAUAUCUAAUUUCUCUGUUGAGAAGCUAAUAGCGUUGUUGAAGGAGCCGAUGAUACGAUUGGUGGAUUACUAUAGUGCGUUGGCCGAUCAAGGUGUUAUUGAGGUGGAGGAGUUGGUCCGUUUGUUGCAUUUGGUCAGUGCCAAGAUAUCGAAACAAGACGCCGACACUGAGAAUGCCAUUGAGUAUCUGGAGAAGGGCUACCUGGUGAACAAGAAGAUCACACCUCGCAAUCCAGAGAAGUUGUUACAACAAGGUUACCGACUGGUUCGUCUACUCUUUAAGUACAAUCAACAUCAACGUUCAUUAAAGUAUACAUCCGAUCUUAUUCAAUGGUAUUUCGAAUCGAAAUUCAAUACUCUACUAGAUAGUAACAAUAGCGGCAAUUUGGAGUUGGAAAUAGAUAUCAAUCAAUUGAGGUCAAUGUUUAUGCCUGUACCACCUAGAUAUCAACAACAACAGCAACAACAGCAGCAACAACAAGAAGAUUCACAACAAUCAACAAACAUAACGAUACAUUCAAUUCUGAAACAUUUCAUAAGAUGCCAAUUUGCGAUGUUGGAACAUCAUCAACAAAACGAUGAUGAUGAUGAUAAUGACGAAGCGGUGUUUACUGUUAGUGAUAUUCCUUUCAUUGUGGAUUUAAUUAGAGAUUUACCAGUACUGUUCCAAGUGAAUUGCAAUGAUUUAAUUAUCAAUAUAAUAGAGAAUAUCGAGAGAAUUCUAGCGAGUGUAGACGUUGAUGAACAACCUGUUCUUGCAAGUCGGUAUCUUGUUGAACAUGCCAAGCUACUGAGAUUGCAUCCCGGUCAAUCAUUGGAGGAGGUAGAGAAGUUGCUUUUUAAAUCAUUGGAUCUUCUUGAGAGAGCAAAGUCAAACAAAACAAGCAACAACAACGGAGAUAUUAUUGGUUACGAUACUAUCGGCGAUGAAUUGGCAAAAUUACAUUUCUGGUUGGCAAUAGUCUGGAUUGAACGACAACAAAAUCAAAACUACGAUCCAGAGAUACUCAAGAGUGGUGUUCGUUAUGUUGAGAGUGUAGAAGGUUCAACUAUUUCAGAUACUAGUGAUAAUAAGUUGGAAGAUCAACAACAGAGACAACAACAACAAUCUGGAUUCGAUACAGUCGCUGGUGAACAAUUGAAAUGUGCGUUGAGACAAUGGGGAAGACUACUUCCUGGCUCAGCCAAUCAUUUCGAAUUGUCAUUCAAGAUCUGUCAGUUGGAGUUGCAAUUUGUCAACUCUCAAGAGUCAUCAACGUCAACGUCAUCGACUGACUCCCAUCGUCAAAUCAUUGAAUUGUAUCAACAAUCGAAACUAGCGGUUAAAGAAUCGAGUAAGACUAUCGAUAAUCCAGUGUUUAUCAGAUUGACAAAGUUGGCAUCACUCGUCUACCUAGAACAAGCCAAUUCCAACAUGGCAUUGAAACUAUCGAAUGAGAUAUUAAAGAAUGUCCAAUCAAUGAUUCCAUUGGAAACAAAGGUUGCAAUACUUUCAAGUAGUGGGGGUGGUAGGCAAUCCAUUCAAUCUGACACCGCUAGUACUUCUUCAAGAUCGUCAACAGCCUCAUCCUCGUCAUCGUCAUCUUCAACUUCAUCAACAACAUCAUCACCACUCUCCGCUACAUCCUCUUCAAACUCUGAAUUAGAAGAUCGUGUCACUUUAGUAUAUCAUGGUAAAGUAUCUAAAUGGGGAUGCCUGAGAAUUGCUAUUGAUUCGCUGCUGCAUAUUGCGAGUAUCUACGAGUUGAGAGGUCGUCCCAAAGAAGCACAGUAUCACUACGAGCGAGGUUUGCUCAUUGGCAAUAUCUACGGUUCAAUCAAGAUCACCUGUGAGUUUUUGGUUGAGCUUGGUGAGCUGUGUUACAACCGUCACAACUACACCGAUUCAAAGAUCCACUUGGAGCGAGCCAUCGCCCUAAUGGAGCCAUACGCAUCGAAAGAACCGAGAAUUCAAAAGAUAAACCUCAUGGCCAACAUGCUCCUCGGUGAUCUCUACCGACGACAGAAUCUUACCUCCUACUCUGGAAAGAUCUAUAGCAACUGUUUAAAGUCUAUCGAGAGUUUCCUAUCAAACCAAAAGCUAUUAGAAAGAUUUAAAGAAACAUUAACAUUCAAGAGUGAUUCUACACCAAAAGAAAAACGAUUGUUAAAGUUAAACAAAGUUAGAUCUAGUGAUAAAUCAAAGUUGGCAAACAAUGAAAUAACAAAUGAGAUUCAAAAUCUUCUUGAGAGAUUACAAAUCGAUCCAAAUUCAAAAAUCAAUUUUGUUGCCGAUAAUAGCAAGAAGAAAAAGAAAUCAACAACUACAUCAACAACUACUUCUACUACAACAGCAACUGUUGAAGUUGAAUCAACAUUGUUAUCGAUAAAAGCGAGAGUACAAUCAAAGAUGGCAAAGAUAAUGAUUAUCAAAGAGAAAUACGAUGAAGCUAUUGAAUCGCUGGAGGAAUUGGUUGGACGAGUCGAAGAACAACGAUCUGUCAAUCCGAUAACUCUAUCGAUUUUAGAGUUUCAUUUGGGUCGUGCCUAUUACUUGUCUGUGCCCAAAGAGGAGCGUGAUCAUCUCUGGAAACACUAUCUCACUCCGAAAGCAUUGACAUCCGGUACCAACAAGCUGAUAUUGAAAGCGAGAACACUCUUUCUAAAGGCAUUCUCUCAGUGUGGUCGUUAUAAUAUCAUUAAAUUGACAUCGCUGCUCUGUCGUUACAUUGCCAGCACCACUGGACAGUUACUACCAUACGUAGCUAUCCACUUUUUGAAUCUAUCGAUGGGUGUUAGAUUUAGACAUGAUAUACAAUCGAUUGUACAUCAUCAUGUCGAAGAUAGUACUGGUAAUAAUAAUAACAAACAGCAACAACAAGAUCGUAUAGGUCCACAGUUGGUAGAGUUGAGAAAGCGUUGGUUUAAUUGGGAUGGUGGCAUUCCACUGCCAACAAAACUGGACAACAAGCAAUAUAGUUUGGAGUUGGCGAAGCUCUACAACACCGAUUUGCCUACAGAGUGGUCUGUGAGCAAUAUCUUUAUUGAUGUUGAUCAAAUGUCGAUUAUACUGACAAAGUUAAUGGGUCAGAAACAACCAAUUUUAAUUAGAAUAAGAAUGCCAACUGUUUGUCAAAUCGAUUCUUCACUCUCUGCCAAUGUGGUUGAAGAACAAGAUGAAGAUGAACAAGUAGAUGAAGAUGAACAAGUAGAUGAAGAAGAAGAAGAAGAGGAGGAAGAGGAUGAAGAAGGUGAGGAAGAGGAUGAAGAGAAUGUGGAAGAAGAUGUGGAAGAGGAAGAAGAGGAUGACGAUCCAAAAUUAAUAUUACCAUUUAUCGACAAGUUAAGAGCUGAUAUGAAAACACUUUCCAAUGAAAAUCUAAGAAACAAUCAAGAUAAUACACCUAAACCUGGUUUACCAGAGACAGAUGCCAUGAGACAAAAAUGGUAUAAGCGUAGAAGACAAUUGGAGUCAGAGGUAGAUCAGUUGAGAUUAUCAUUGGAUGGAGUUUUUGGAGCAUGGAAAUCAUUAUUCAUGGGUACUCUGAACGAUUCGCUAUUGUCAGAGAAGUUGGCAGAUCAACUUCCUUCACUCACUGCCCAUUUGGCAACAUUACAGACUGAUGUUAAGUCGAAAGUUGUAAAUGUUAGCCUCUUGGAGUGUCUAAUCAUGUCGCUGGCAUACAUUAAUGAAGCACAUCUACAUCAGGCCAUUAUCGAUCUUCUUGGAUUCGAAACAAUCGAUGAUCUACAUCCUGAAUCCGAAGAUUAUCUUGAACGUGCAGCCGAAGAGAAUUCCGAUUGGAAACUGAUAAAGAAAUCAAAAGAAGCAAUCAUUAAAUCAUUCAAUAUUAUAUUUAAAACCAAAAAAUCCGGUACACAAACAAUUAAGGAAUCAAUUGAAAAUGUAAAAUCUUAUGAUAAAUUACCAAUGGUUUUGAUAAUGGAUAAGAAUUUACAACUAUUCCCAAUUGAAUCAAUCGAUCCACUAAGAGAUUCAUCAGUUUACAGACUACCGUCUUUUGCUUUCCACCAAUUUCUAACUAUGAAGAAUCAACAUAGAAAUGGUACACACUAUUCCAAGGUCGAUCCAAACAGUCUUUUCUAUAUUUUGAAUCCAAAAGGUGAUUUGGUUAAUACAGAGAAAACUUUUGCUAAAAUGUUUGAUAAGACCUGUGCCAACUGGAAAGGAAUAAGAGGAAGAGCACCAACUAAACACGAGUAUCGUGAUGCGCUUGAGGAGCAUCACAUUUAUUUGUAUAUGGGUCACGGUAGUGGUGAACAAUACUAUCCGGGUGACGACAUCCAAAAGUUAAAGAAAUGCGCAGUCUCACUGCUAUUUGGUUGUAAGAGUGGUAGUUUGGAAGAGCAUGGUGAGUACGAACCGACUGGUGUCAUUCUUGAUCUUCUGUUGGCUGGUAGUCCUACUGUCAUUGGUCAUCUCUGGGAUAUCCCUUCAAUGGACUCUGAUAGAAUGGUUCAAAGUUUUAUUGAGAAAUGGUUUGAAGAUAUCAAAGCAAAAGAGGAUGAGGAAAAUUCACUCGAUAUAUCCGAAGCACUUUCAAUAUCAAGAAGAUCUUGUACCUGGAAAUUCUUGGUUGGAUCAAGUUGUAUUUGUUAUGGAAUUCCAACUUAUCUUUUACCAUUUGAAUAA